AUGGAAUUUGCUGCUGAAGCCUCUUUGCCCUCGACACGUCACGUGCGCAUCACAUCUGGCAAUUUGUUUCGUCGCAUGUCAACGGAAGCCAUUGGUAUGGAGGCAGCAGCAUUAUGUCAUCGAUCACACUGGGUACCUACAUCAUUGCGUUCCAACUGUUCCAAUUGUCGCCGCAGCUUCCACCUCUGGGGCAAGCACCAUUGUCGUCUGUGCGGGGAAAUCGUGUGCGGUGCCUGCUCCACCAAACGCAUUCGGUAUCAAAGCAAGAAUGUCCGCACGUGCGAUGACUGCAUCGAUACAAAGGUGCAGAACAGUUCAGAGAUCACCCCCCAGUCCGCGCCCGAAUCUUUGCGGUCAAACACGAGUCUUGCGACUUUUCAAGGCUACGACGUGUCUGAACGGCGUUCUCUGCCGUUGCGUCGAGUAAAUAGUCACGUAUUCUCUCGUAAUCGGUCUUUUGAUACCUUGUCAAAGACAUGUAUUGAGACAGCUACGAGAAACAAGAAGAGACCAAAGACAUGCUGUUUCAAGGAGAUGAGAGGGAUGAACGGAUACCGUGGCAGUUUGUCUCGACAGACCCAGGUCUUGUCGCUUGUGAUUGCAGGUCUCGUCGUUUCAAUUGGCUGGGCUCUAAAGCUUAUUGGGCAAGUCUAA